AACAUUAUUCGUAAUAUGCUGUGCGUACAGAACGUGUCUGAAUCUACAACUAACGAUGUGGGGGGCCUGCUCGAAUGUGCGCCACUGCACGGCGCCGGACCGGGAGUCAGUGAGCCGCGGGCAGGGCGCACAACAGGAAAAGCGGGCCGAGGGGAGUCCCGGGAAGCGGUUCCAGGAGCUGUGACGUCACCGCGGGCAUACAGGCCUCGCACGACCACAGGCCGCGCAGUUGUCGACCCGGCGCCUGGCGGGAUGUUGUCUGCUGGCGUGCUGCUGCUGUGGCUGGGAGGAGUGGUCUCUCAGACUGUCCCGGAGCUGUGCUUCAUCGCCACGCUGUCCAACGUGCAGGACAACACCACAGCCCCCGCCGCCCAGCGAGAUCGUGGGGACGACUGCCCCGUGGUGAGCGUGGCCCAGGGCUACCUGCGGGGCAGGAAGGUGACCUCGGAGCAGACAGGAGGCGUGUUCUACAGUUUCCAAGGAGUACCUUACGCCCGGCCUCCCGUGGGGGACCUCCGCUUCCAGGCGCCCAGAGAAGCCCAGUCUUGGAGAGGUGUGAGGGACGCCACUGUCGAGGGAUCCAUCUGCCCGCAGUACGACAAUGGACCAAUCAGAGGGUCAGAGGAUUGUCUCUUCAUUAACGUCUACACGCCCAAGCUGCCCCGAGCCCGCCGCGCCGGGCUGCUGCCAGUCAUGGUGUGGGUCCAUGGCGGCGGACACACCUACGGGUCUGGCAACAGCAUCAACUACGGCCCCGACUUCCUGGUCAGGAAGAAUGUUGUCCUCGUCACUCUCAACUACCGGCUGGGAGUGCUAGGGUUCCUCGGGGUGACCAGCUCUCUCGUGUCCAAGAACAACGGCUUCAAGGACCAGGUGGCGGCCCUCAAGUGGGUCCAGACCAACAUCGCUCAGUUCGGAGGAGACAAGGCCAGGGUGACCAUCUUCGGCCAGAGCUCUGGGGCAGCCAGUGUCGAUUACCUGAUGCUGUCUCCGGCAGCCAAGGGUCUUUUCCACGGGGUCAUAGCGCACAGUGGGAACGCCAUUGACCGCUGGACCUACGCUGAGCCCAACCUGUCCAGAGAGCGUGCUCUCCUAUUGGGGCGGGUGCUCGGGCUGACAACCAAUGACGAGGAUGAACUUGCAAGGUUUCUGAAAGCCGCUUCUGUGGAGCAGCUCGUCUCCUCUCAGCUGGGAGCGCUAACAGAAGAAGAUCUUCUUAGAAGUGUAGAUAUUCCGUUCCAACCAACCAAGGAGGAACCCUCAGCCCACAGCAGAGACAUCUUCCUACCGGACUCUCCUAUCAACAUUCUAAAGUCGGGAAGAUACCAACAUGUCCCUUACAUUACCGGAUUUACCUCAGCAGAAACUAAAAUGUCGUAUACAGCCCUCAUCAGCAACGAAAGCUUGUGGGAAGAGCUGUCAAGGAAAAUGGAGCAAUUCGUUCCUCCAGAUCUCGGUCUUCCUCUGGGGUCGUCCAAGUCACUGGAGCUGGCUGCCGAGAUCAAGAACAUGUACUUCGGCGAAGGCGCUCUGACAACCAACAACAUUCAGGAUUUAGUGACUCUGGCGACUGAUGAGUGGUUCAUCCUGGGUGCGCGCCGGAGCGCCAGACAUCUCCUGAGAACAAGCUCGGCUCCAGUGUACGUCUACCAGUUCAGCUACGUGGGGGACAUCAGCUUGUCCCAGUUCUGCGACUACGGCUACCCAUUCAGAGGUGCUGCUCAUACAGAUGAUCUGGGGCAUUUGUUUUGGAUAAAAAGGAUAAAUUCCAAACCCAGUUCCAAGGAUGAAGCCAUAAGGAAUCUCAUGACCACAAUGUGGACGAACUUCGCCAAGACUGGGUGAGCUGUAGUAUUUAUGUUUGUGAUAGGAUAAGAGAUGUUUGUAAUGUUUUGUAUAAGCAACCUGCUAAAACUUCAGAAAACUUUUAUCCACAUGGAACGUAUUUAUAUUAAAACUCUUUCAAGCAUAGCAAAAUUCAUAAAUUUUUUUAACAUUUUGUUUUUUAUUAUUUUAAUUGCAUUUUAUGUUUUAUCAAAUAAUCAGCAAAUAAUUUUUUUUUCCCCAGAAACCCGACUGAAGGUCUGAAUGUCAGCUGGAACCCUUUCAACUUGAACAGUCAGACGUAUCUUGACAUCGAUACAGAACUCAGCACACGUGACCUCAGAAAACUACGACCGAAGAAAUCUGUAUUCUGGGACAAACUUUAUGCAGACAUUGAUAAUAAUACUAAGAUUAGUAAAGUAUAAUAUUACUUGUAAACAUUUUAAAAUUAUAAGUAUGGAAAAUCUUUAUCAUGGAAAAUGUGAUGAUAAUGUGUUAUUUUAAAAUAAAUACAUUUUGUUCGUAUGA